AUGGAGAUGACUGGAUUGGAUAUUGAACAGGAUCAUAUUUUGGAAAUUGCAGUAAUCAUCACAGAUGGUCAAUUAAACACCAUUUCUGAGAUGGAUUCUCUGGUCAUUCAUCAAGAAGAUUCAGUUCUCAAUUCCAUGAAUGAUUGGUGUAAGGAACAUCAUGGACAAAGUGGUUUAACACAACGUGUGCGAGAAUCUCAACAAUCGGUUCAACAAGUGGAAGAAUUAGUUCUUGAAUUUGUAAAGAAGUAUGUGGAUAAGCCAAGAUGGGCACCAUUGGGUGGAAAUAGUGUGUACAUGGAUCGAUUAUUUAUGAAAAAGGAAAUGAAAAAGCUGGAUGAAUAUCUUCAUUAUAGAAUUAUUGAUGUUUCUACUAUUAAAGAAUUAGCAAGACGAUGGGCGCCUCAAGUGUUCGAUAAGGUCGUGAAAAAGAAUUCUCAUCGAGCUUUGGAUGAUAUUAAGGAAUCGAUUGAGGAAUUGAAAUUGUAUAGAAAGCAUCUUUUUCACCUGGAAUAA